AUGGGCCGCAUAAAAGUCCAAGCGUGCCGCGCAAAAGUCCAAGCGGGCCGCGCAAAAGUCCAAGCGGGCUGCGCAAAAGUCCAAGCGGGCCGGGCAAAAGUCCAAGAGUGCCGCGUAAAAGUCCAAGCGGGCUGCGCAAAAGUCCAAGCGGGCCGGGCAAAAGUCCAAGCGUGCCGCGCAAAAGUCCAAGCGGGCUGCGCAAAAGUCCAAGCAGGCCGCGUAAAAGUCCAAGCGGGUUGCGCAAAAGUCCAAGCGGGCCGCGCAAAAGUCCAAGCGGGCCGGGCAAAAGUCCAAGCAGGCCGCGUAAAAGUCCAAGCGGGCCGCGCAAAAGUCCAAGCGGGCCGCGUAAAAGUUCCAGCGGGCCGCGUAAAAGUCCAAGCAGGCCGCCAAAAGUCCAAGCGGGCCACGCAAAAGUCCAAGCGGGCCGCCAACAAUGUAUGA